AUGUAUUAUCCUAGCUUGUCAGCUGGUGAUUCUGCAGUGUGGUUGAGGGUAUGGAUGCGAAUUGUUAAUUUGGUAUCACCUCUGCACGCAGCACAUUCUCAUCUUGCUAUUCAGACUAUUUCAAAAACCAUCAACACACUUCUUCGAUUGAGUGAUACUGAUGCAUUGAUACACUGGAUCUGCACUCGGUUAUUGCUUCUUCCACCUUCUGGACACGCUCAUUGUUUACCUGCUUAUUGUGCUGUACUUACAACUGUCAAUCCACCACCCCUUGUUGAGGCUCAUAUUUUGCUUGCACUGGUUCGAGCAAUUGUUUCUGAACGUUGUACUAACGUUUUGGAUUAUAUGCCUUCCAUGUCUAAGGAUUAUCUUACAAUACUGGCACGUCCAGCUCUUAGUUUGCUCACGCAGCUCAUUAAGCAAUCUAAUUUUUCUCCAAGAAGUGUACAGGUUGCUGCUCUUCUUUCCCCUGAUCAUGCCAUGGGUGAAACGCUUUUACUCAAUUUAAUUGCAUUGAAUUCUAGUGAAAUACCACUGCAAUCGUACUCUUUAGCAUUACAUGCUUUAGCUUUGCUCAUUAUUGAGCGAGCUGAUGCAAAGUUGAUGAUGGAAGUAAUAAAUCGGAUUUGUAGUCUUAAAACUUGUGGUACUUUGCUUCAUCUGUUUUGUGCUGACUUAAAUCAGUUAACACGACUUGGCUUGCGCGAUAAAUUAGCCAUUGUACUAGAACAAGCGUUGGAUUUGGUGAAAGAAGAACCUUUAGCAGGUGAAAUGCUCUGUCAAAGUGUGUCUGUUAAUCUGGUAGAUUGCGAAUUAAGGAGGUCCUUAUUAGAACGCGUGCUAAACGAAAAAAGACUUUGUUUGGAAGGAUUUUUGCUCACUUAUUAUAAACAGUUCCCUCUCCCAACUUUUUCACUUGCUCACUGUAAUUCAGUGGAAACUUCUACGGGUAAUAUCCAACAAGAUGUGCUUACUGCAGGAAGUAUUUUUUUCGAUCAAGGAAGGACUAUUUUGAGUGCUAAUUUGGAUAAUGGUGUUCGAGUGACAAGUCGAUCACCAGUUGGGAAACAUUGCUGGCGUUUUUUACAAGAGCGUGAGAAGCAUCAUCAAUCAAGUUGUGUUAAUAAAUGGUUAAGAAAGUUAGCUUCACAACCUCAGACGACGUCUACAGCAUCUACUGUUAAAAGUACUGCAGAAGAUCCAUUCGAUAGGCUGCCGCAGCUACCAAGGACAUUAGAUGUGGACCCAGUAGAAUGUAGCGAAAUGUAUUUUUUCAUUCAACAGAACCGACGUUUGACGUCUGAUGUCUCAUCUAAACGUUAUCCUGAAAUCAUUGAAUGCUCAGAAGAAAAGAAAAUUGACAAAAGUCGCAUGUUAUGGCGUUCUCUUGCUGCAGAUUUGCGAUUAUUUCCGGGGACUAGAUUAACUCCACCUAGUUUCAACCGUGAUAUCCGUCAUCUAGAUCAGACUUGUUCUCGAGAAGUGCACAAAGUUGCUGUUAUCUAUGUAGCCAAAGGACAAGAAGACAAGGUGUCAGUACUUUCUAACAGCUGUGGUUCAGCUGCAUUCAACGAUUUUAUCUCACGUUUGGGUUGGCGUGUACAAAUAGGUCGUGAACACCAGGGAUACAGUGGUGGCCUACCAGCUGGUGCAAUUGCUCCUUACUACGCAUCGGGAGAUACCGAAAUUAUCUUCCAUGUUAGCACUAUGCUUGAUGGUGAUGUUACGCAAAAGUUGAAACACUUGGGAAAUGAUGAAGUGCAUGUUGUAUGGUGUGAAAAUGAUCGUCCUUAUCGUCGAGACACCAUUGCAACUCGAUUUUGCGAUGUACUUUUAGUUUUUUACCGGAUGUCGUCUUAUCUCUUUCGUGUUCGUAUCGAAACGCAACGACCGCUUGAAUUUGGUCCAUUGUUUGACGGAGCUCAUAUUCAUAUUUGUAUGCUACCACAUCUAGUUCGUGAUACUGUCAUAAAUGCAUCUCGAGCGUACCGUUUGUCGCAGCAGGGAUGUGCGCGACCAUUAGAACAUCGAGAAGAAGUCUUUGAAGAAACAAGACGCCUGCUUCAGAUUCCGUCUCCAUCGAUAUCAAUUUCUCGGACAGGAAAUAAUCAGAAAAUGAAUAUUUUGCCGAAGAAGAAAUGGCAUGUGCGUACUAAAGAAAAUGUAGCAAGGGUUCGACGUGAUCAAAAGAAAGCUAAAGAAGAAGAAGAACGAAUUACUGAGAGAGCUCAACGUGCUGAACAAGAGUACAGAGUAAAUAUUUUACGAAAAAAUGCAGAAAAACGAAUGGAAACUAUGUAUGGGGUCAAAAAAAGCGAUACUAGUGGUACUGAGACACAAUAUACCAAUGCUUCCGGACAUGUGAAUUUCUUCGCCGAUCUGGAAGAAGAAUAUUGCAAAAAUUAUGGAGUUGGAAAUCGAGAUUAUAAGCUGGAAAAAAAGCAAGAACAAGAAGAGUACGAAAAAAAAGUUGGCAUCUUGCAAUAUCUCGGACAAGGUUCGAGCGAACUGUCAAAAGAAAAACCUUGGUAUGAAAAAGUGCCAGUAAAAAAGGAAAGUACUCAUAAGACAACGAAAUCGGAUAGUGUUGUUAGAAUUGUCAGUAAACGUGUUGUAAGCGUAGACGACAAAAGACAAAAGGAACAGAAAAGACAUAAAAAGAAGCAUAAAAAUGGAGAAUCUCAUAAAAAGAAACACAAAAAGAAAAGUAAACAUUAUGAUCAGUGUUGUUCAGAAGUAAACGAAGAAGAUUCAUCUAGUGCAGAAGAAAAUGAAAAAAAACAGAGAAUUGAAAAAUUGAGGCAGGAACGUUUGGAACGAGAAGCGAAAGAACGACAGCGUAUUGCUAACUUAGCAGCACCUACUAAAAGUGUUGAAGAACGAAAACAAAACAUUCCACAAUACAAUUCACAAUUCAAUCCAGAACUGGCACGACAAAAUCGAGUGCGAUGA